UUGCAGCGUGGAGGGACUUACUCAACAGGCCGAUGCAUCAUGGUUGGACCUUCUGGUUCCUCUCAGAGCAGCUAUUCAGGCAGUCAGGGUGGAGUAGUCUACACAAUAAGCAAGAGUGGAUGUGGCCCUGGAGGUGCUGCUGGUGCCUAUGGUAUACAUGCCUGCAGAGAUAGUGCAUCCUUAUCCAGCAGUGGUAUUACUUAUGGCCAGUCUGUCCCUUCAAGCAGUUCAGAUUCCAGUAAGAAGGUUGUGGUCGUUGCCAACAGCAACCCUUUCCCUCCUGUGCGUCACACCUUCCCUCAGAGUUUGGGAAGCUCUGCUACAAGGAUCAUAGUACAGAGUGGACAAAAACAGCAAACCAGCAGCAGUACUUAUAUUCAUGGCUCCCAGGGCAGCCAGUCCUAUGGCCAGGGCUACAGACCCCAAGGUGGCAGUUCCUAUGGCCAGGGUGGACCAAGUUUCUCAGGCAGCAGCAGCUCCUAUGGCCAGGGUUUUCAGUCUCAAGGUGGCAGCUCCUAUGGACAGGGGUACCAGCCUCAAGGUGGCAGUUCCUAUGGCCAGGGUGGACCAAGUUUCUCAGGCAGCAGCAGCUCCUAUGGCCAGGGUUCCCAAGGCAGCCAGUCCUAUGGCCAGGGUUCUCAGUCUCAAGGUGGCAGCUCCUAUGGACAGCAGGGUGGAUCUGCAGCUUAUUUUGGCAGCAGUGGUUGUGGACAAGGUUCCUCCUAUGAUAGCAACCCCUGCCACCAGGGUGGAUCACAGGGUGGAUCACAGGGUGGAUCACAGGGUGGUCAGGGUGAUUCGUACUAUGGUGGUAGCCAACAGAGUGGAUCAUCAUCCUCCCAAAAUUAUGGUGACAACCAGGAUGGAUCCUACUCACAAAACUAUGGUGGUGGCCAAGGUGGAUCAUCGUCAGACACCUAUUAUGAUAAUCAAGAGUCACAAGAUUCCUCAUAUGAUAGCAAUCCCAAUGCCUGUGAUGAUAAUGACACUACCUAUAGUGCCAAUAAUCAGCGUUCUGGUUGUGCAAAGAAGAAAGUUGUUGUUGCCCGAGACACAUCACAUGUUCUAAGCAGAAGAGACUAUGAUGUACAGAAUGCCUCUUCUCCUUCAAACAGCAGCCACUCUGACAUGCAGGGCGGAUCAUUUAUUGCAACCAGUGGAUCAAGUAAUCAGGGCGGUUGCAUUUGUCCUGAUGGAAGCAGUGGUCAUAGACCGGGAGCCCCAGGUUCUUCAUACAACACAUAUUCUGGUAACCAGGGAGGGCCUUACUACUACCCUGGAGGAUCCUAUGGACAGGGUGGCCCAGGUUCUUCCUACGGUUCUUACUCUGGUAACCAGGGAGAGCCUUCCUACUAUGGACCUGGUGGAUCUUACGGACAGGGAGCCCCAGGUUCUUCAUACAACACAUAUUCUGGUAACCAGGGAGGGCCUUACUACUACCCUGGAGGAUCCUAUGGACAGGGUGGCCCAGGUUCUUCCUACGGUUCUUACUCUGGUAACCAGGGAGGGCCUUCCUACUAUGGACCUGGUGGGUCUUAUGGACAGGGAGGGUCUUCUUAUGAUGGCAACAGUGAAUCCUAUGGUCAGGGUGGAUCUUCUGUAUAUAGUGGUUCUGAGGCUUACGGCCAGGAUUCACCUGCCAUGGGAGCCAGUGAAACUGAAGAUAGUGAUUCCUCCUCAGCCUCUGGUGGCCGCCAGAGUGAACGGGAUUUUUAUUCCCCAGGAGGCAACCAGUCAGGUGGACAUGGGUCAUCUUCUCAAAGUGGCAGCUACUCCAGUGGACAGGACUCAUACUCAUCUGGAAGCAGCCAGUAUGGUGGGCAGGGUUCAUCCUCCUCAGGAGGCAGCCAGUCUGGUGGACAGGGUGGAUGUGAUUGUUCUGGGACAAAUUCUGGUGGAUCCCCUACUUUAGUCAGAAGUGAUUCCUCUGCAAAUGGCACAUCUUCUUCUGGAGGCAGCCACUACAAUAGCCAGGAUUCAUAUUCCUCUGGAGCUAACCAGUAUGGAGGACAUGAGUCAUCUUCUUAUGGAGGCAGCCAGUAUGGUGGACAAGGUUCACGUUCCCCAGGAGGCAGCCAAUAUGGUGGACAGGGUUCACCUUCUUCAGGAGGCAGCCAGUAUGGAGGACAGGGUCCAUCUUUCUCAGGUGGCAGACCUUAUGGAGGACAGGGCUUUUCUUCAGGGGUCAGGCAGUCUGGUGGACAGGGUGGGUGUGUGUGCCCCGGUGGAGGUUCAGGCUCUUUCUCAGGAACCAACUACCAUGGUGGACAGGGUUCAUAUCCUGGAAGUAAUCAGUAUGGUGGACAGGGAUCUUACCCCUCAAGAGGCAGCCAGUAUGGUGGGCAGGGCUCAUAUCCUUCUGGAGGCAAACAACAUGGUAAACCAGGUUCCUCUUCAUCAGGAGGCAGUCAGCAAGGAAAGCCAGGUGGCUCUGGCUCAGGAAGCACUUACUCUGGGAAACCGCAAUCACCUUACUCAGGCGGCAGUCAAGUGAGCUCUGCUGGGAAACACUCAACUCCCCAACUCCUGAUGUUAUUCAGUGUUUUGAGUGCCUUUGCUCUCUCUGCUGCUGCAUCAAAAUGGUCUAUAUGAACUUCUAUGGUGUUACUUGACAUCCUAAACACUGAUUAUAAUCUGUAUUAUUAAUUACUUAAUGUAUAAAAAAUACCAUUAAGUCAAAUUGGCAGAUGCUACUUGGCUGUUAUGUUGCAUGUCUAGCUGGUAUGUCAUGUCCCUCAUUAGUUUGCCUCUGGUUUUAGUCAUUAGUAGUUCUCAUUAGUUGUGUCAGUGUUUUAGGCAUCAUUUUAAGAGAGCAUAUGGUACCCUACCUAUAGGAUAUGUUUUUAUUUCCAAUAGGGAAUGCUAUGAACACCUACAUGAAAUGAUUGGUGUGACAAAUGAAUACUUAGGGAAAUAUUUGUUUAUUAGCCAAAGUGGACAAGGUGAAAUAAAUUGUUGUAUAUGCAAACUGAGCACUGUGCCUGUUAAUCAUGGCAUAAGGUAAGGCUAAUGUAUACUUCUUAAGCAGUUCUCCAUGGGACAGAAGAAAAGACACUGAAGUAGUAUCAGAGUAUUGGUUUUAGUAUUUUGUAAUCAAAUGCAAAUUCAAUAUGGAGAUUGCAAAGCAAAAAAAAAAACCUCACAGGACUGAUUUUUUUUUUUUUGGUUAAUAAAAGUUUCUUCAUUAGAAAAAUGAAACAGAUCAAAGACAUCAUGUACUCCAUUCAAACCAACUGCAAAUACCUAGAGUUCUGUAAAGAAGCAUAUGAGGCAUAUGUACUCCAGAUCAGGCUGAUGAACUAAAAUCUGCAGAAAAAUAAAGCCUUUUUCCUUGAAGGAGUAGAGAAAUAAUUAAAUUCAUAAAACUAAUACCAUCUUGGCUCCCUUUCUCAAGUAUUUAGUUUAACCUGUGAUGCCUUAUGUAUCUGAAAGGUUAAUUUCGUGAGUGCAUCUACAAACAGGUCCAUCAGUGUGCUUGCUGAAACACCAGGGCCCGUUUUUGAGUUCAGCAGCAGUUCCUCACCUUGCAGCAAACUCUUCUGCAGCUCUCAGAGCCACCUUCUGUUUGGUGUUAACGAAGCGCAUUCACCUAAAGCAUACUUCUAACGAAUGUGUUAUCUAUUGAACAUGUGCCUGCUAUUAAAAUGUCCAUUGUUAGUAGUGUGCUUUUCUGUCACGGUUUACAAUUGUAAUUGGUGGAAAGAUGUUUCGAUCCAAGUUCUCCUACCAGCUUCCGCGGGGCCAGGAUUUCACCCUGUUUGAUGUGCAGCACUACCCUUUGCCAGCCAUCGGUAAAUCAACCUGCAAUUGACGCACAAAGUUAUGCCUGUUUACAAUCUUGAAAAUUCGGUGGACAAUUUGUUUCUUGGACAACACAGUAAUGUUCUGUUUGAGAGGCCCGUACCUUAAUUCGAACCAGCCCUACCAUUCUCUAAUAAAUUUGUGAUGGGUUUCAUACAAAA